GUGGCCGCGAGAUAACGGGGAGCAGUGAGUACCGGUGUCCCGAGGGUCCAAGUUCUUGGGACUGUGUCGGGACCAGGCUCAGAUGCAGAGCAAAAGGCUGCUGGGAGUGGCACAGAUGCGUUUUUGUGCCAGCUGUGGCACUUACCUCUGGGUUUGGAGCUCCUAGCUGUCGCGUGUGGCUGGAGAAGAGCUAGAAAAAAAAGGUUGGGGCCGUGAGGGGCCCCUGGCAGUGGGGUUAGGGCAGGACCCGGUCGUUUUUGUCGGGCUGCAGAUCCGUCAUCCUUCCCCGGCACGGCUGGGGACCCUGGUGGUGAGCUACAUGGAGGCCAACUGGAGCGGGGCUGUGCCGUGCCUGGAGAGCGCGGUGCUGGAGCUGACAGAGAUCAAAAACUCACCGGCACUGAAGGAGGCCGUGGACUUGUACAAGCGUCAGAUGGAGCAGGAGCUGCCCACGGAGACCACCCAGGAUCUGCUAGAGCUGCACACAUGGUAUGAGGAGCAGGCGAUGCGGCUCUUAAUGGAGCAGGCCUCCGAGGAGAGCAGGGAGCAGUUCCGGGCAGAGCUCAAGGUCCAGUUAAAGGCACUUAAGGAACAUUUCCGCAAACAGAACGAGCGAGCAUCCCACAAGAAGUGCACGGCUGCCCUCCAAGAGCUCUUCCAGGACUUGGACAGACAGUUCAAGGACGGGGUCUACUUUAUGGCAGGGGGCUACCCGCUCUUCCAAAGAGACCUGGAGGCACUGGUGGAGCAAUACAGGAUUCUGCCUGGCAAGGGGGUGAAGGCGGAGGCUGCGCUGCAGGAUUUCCUCCAGAAGAGAGAGGUUAUGGCCAAAACCAUCCGCAAACUUGAGCAUGAGCUGACAGAGAAGGAAGAGCAGAUAAAAAAUCUGAAAGCCCAGAUUGAGAGAGCUGAGGUGGAGAGGGAGGCUGAGAGGAAGAGGGAGCAUGAGUCAUUCAGAGAUGGAAAGCCUCGUCAGAGAAAGCAGCGGGAGGAGGAAGAGAAUAUGAACGACUAUCAAUCAAAGGACCAGAAGAAGUCCACAGGUGGCUCCAACAAGAACAACCCUGAGGAUGAGCAAAAUUCCAAGGGCGGUGGCAAAUCCGGUGAUGACUCCAGAUGGAAAAUGUUUUUUGAGUUUUUGGAAAAAGCGCUUGACACUGUUUUGUCACUUUUGUCUCGCUGGUUUGAUUAUAAGAUCAUGAAGGCUUUAUUUACAAGCCCUGCAUAAACAAAGUAAGAGAGCUGUGUAGCGUGCUUCUUGAUACCAAGUACAAUUCUGCUAACCUCUGCAAGUCCUUGCUGGAAAGGACAGGGUGUGGCAGUGACCUCUGUGGUCACUGCCAUUGCACCAGCUAGUGCUUUCAUGCUUUCACGUAGUUGGAAUUGAAACGAAGAGUCUGGGCAGCGUAAUCUUAGGGGCGCGGGGUGGGUUUGCUGAUCAGCUUGUAGGUGGGAGAUUCUGCUCCUUUGCCAUUGCUCAGAAAGGACACCCAAGGGUCAGCACUGGCUCUGACAAUAUUGACCUUUCUUCAUCUUUCAUUAUGGGUGUGUAUUGCUUUCAAAAAGACAAAAUAAUGCAAUAAUAAAGUAAUGCAAUAAUAA